GUUGAAAGGAACAAACAGCCUGUCCUUGUUAUCCCCUUCCUCUCUCUACUCUUUCCAUCCGCAUUUCAACCAAACAAACCCUACAUUUGGAAACAACAUUUUAUUUUUAUUAUUAUAAAAUUACAAUUUCAACUUAAUUUACUAUAAUUAAACUUAAUAUAAUUGGCUAUUUUUGGUCCUCCAUUGGACCUAGCUAUCUAGCUAAUAGCUACCUCUCUUCUAGCUAAUAAACUUAUUAUUUAUGCAUCUAUCUACUUUAUGUACUUUAGCUCUUUGUGGCAUCUGCUAGUUUAUUAUUGCUUCUUAUGUAUGGAAUCCCUGUCAGGAAAUGAAUGGCUGCAAAUUCCGUACCAGUUUUCUUCUGCUCAACAUUGUCUAGUGGUGUAAACAGCAACGGUGAAAAGAGAAGCUUAGCUCAUUCGGGGUGAGAAGGUCUGGUGGGGCAGGAAGAUAGCUUCGAGGAGACUAAAUCUUACAAAUGGACUGGAACCUGAAGGCAACUUCUUGGGAUUUAACUGAAUUCAAGCAAGAAGCUAUUCCAAAUAUUGACGCAUUUCAAAGGACUAGCAGUGAGGAAUUUUCGGUUGAUCUGAAACUUGGUAGAGUCGGUAGUAAUUCAAAUGACGAAUCUACAAAUCAGUGGAAGCAGCCUAGAGUCUCAAAGACGGAAUCUUCGCCGUCAAUAUCAACGAAAAGGGCACGAGCAACUAAUGGAACUCAGGCAGCGUUUUGCCUUGUUGAUGGAUGCAGUUCAGACCUUAGCAACUGUAGAGACUACCAUAGGCGUCAUAAGGUCUGUGAGCUUCACUCCAAGUCUCCACAAGUUACUAUAGGAGGUCUAAAGCAACGGUUCUGCCAGCAAUGUAGCAGGUUCCAUUCAUUAGAGGAAUUUGAUGAAGGGAAAAGAAGCUGCAGGAAACGUCUUGAUGGACACAAUCGGCGACGAAGGAAGCCUCAGCCAGACCUCCUAACACGUCCUGGAAGCUUUUUGUCCAAUUACAAAGGGACACUAAGGUUGCCAUACCCCAGUCCACAUGUUUAUCCAUCCACAACAAUGGUGAGUCCUACUUGGUCUGGAGUUGUUAAUAACGACGCGGAUGCUAGUACCCACUUCAGUCUUCAACAAGAAAUGCAUAUGCUUGGCAAACAGAAUCUCUGCUUUGGAUCCUCCCUGAGCAGCAGCUACAAAUUGGGAUGGAAGCAAUUCCCAUUUUUGGAAGUUGACAAACCUCCUACUUUUAACCGUCAGACUACAUCGUCUCCUCCUCGUCCUUCACAUGAAGCUUUCAUCUGCCAGCCGCUUCUGAGGAACAUUCCACUGUCAGAAAGCGGCGGUGCUGGUAGCUACAGCAUAUUCUGUGACAGGCUAACAACAACAACACAAGUCCAGGACUCGGAUUGUGCUCUCUCUCUUCUGUCAUCAACUCAAACGCAGACAUCUGAGAACCACAUGAUACUGCAGCCUAACUCAAUCCCCUUAGUGCUCCCCAUGGACCCAAUGGACUCGGUUCUGGUGUCCAACCACAGGGAUGAAGAUUCUCCUUGGUCCUCCGGAAGCAAAUCCUCUCAAACGCUUCCAUUUAAUUGGGAGUAAUGAUCAUAAUAAUAAUGGCCGGGAAUUCUGCAUCGGUGGGUAAUAAUUGCAAAAAAUUCUGCUCCAGUGAGUUCCAUUAUUUCUGAAUUAUUCGUUUGUCCGCACAAUUAAAAUCGUUUAUAUGACUGUGAUAUGAUAUUAUUUUAUAAAAUAAUUUCUUUUUUAGAAA